AUGGGUGGAUUAGGAGGGGUCUUCAGAAACCAUAGAGGAGAUUGGAUACUAGGUUUCCAGGAUUCAAAACCGUCUACCUCACCACUCCAAUCUGAACUGGAAGCACUACGACUUGGGCUCUUGACAGUCGUUCAUCAUGGACUCUCACCAUUGAUAGUGGAAACAGAUGCAACGGACCUCAUCCAUGCAGUUUUUUUGAACAAAUUGUCUUAUACAUCAAUUAUUUCUGACUGCAUGUGGUUAAUGCACCAGCUGAGGCACCCGAAAAUCAUCCAUAGCUUCAGGGAUGGAAACAAGGUAGCUCAUAAAAUGGCAAAGGAUGGGCUCAAGCAUGAAAGGAAGAAAUAG